CUCUUCCUGUUUGCAAUAUACAUCGGUCUCUAUUUCUGCUGCACACAAAUACUUUGAUGUGAUUAUUUGCCCGCAGUUACCUAGUUGCUGAAAACUUAUUUGAAUGCAGGAUGUCAGUCUCUAUGAGGAAGGUUGCAGGACUUUUCACUUGGUUUAAAGUAUCUGCUACAGUUUUACGAAACCUACCAAUGUCACGGACACUGAUGCAGAAUGUAUCAGAACAUCUAUGGAAGCUUGGCCGACUGAAUCAUGUGGCAAUUGCAGUGCCAGAUCUGGCAAAAGCGCAGUCCUUUUACAGAGAUGUGCUGGGAGCCCAGGUCAGUGAAACUGUUCCUUUGCCAGAGCACGGUGUUUACACAGUCUUUGUACAACUAGAGAAUACCAAACUAGAGCUGCUGCACCCCUUGGGGGAGAAGAGUCCAAUUUCAGGCUUCCUACAGAAGAACAAAGCUGGAGGAAUGCAUCACAUCUGCAUUGAGGUGGAUGAUAUCAUAGCAGCAAUGGCAAACCUGAAAGCAAAGAACAUACGUGCCUUGAGUGAAGAACCUAGGAUAGGUGCACAUGGCAAGCCUGUUAUCUUUCUUCAUCCUAAAGACUGUGAUGGGGUACUUGUGGAACUAGAACAAGCCUGACCUAAUCUACAUUUUUACAUGUAUAUAAAUUAACCCCCUCCCAAGAGACAAUAAUUUGCAAAUAUAGUAAUUUAUUAAGAAAAAUUUCCAAGAUGGCAUGUCUUUGAAGACCAAAACUUUGUGUAACAAAACUCUUGCUGGAUGAUGCUUAAAAGCAAAUAACAUAAUAGUCACUAAAUAUAAGGAGACUUUUUGUUUUAGAUUUAUAUUUAAACCAUUUAACGUUUAUUUAAAUUAUGUUACGUAGAAUGAAAUAAUAUGUGGCAUUUUUUUAAGGAUUAUUUGAAAAAGGUUUAUCUAACACUAAACAUUAGAGUUCAGAGAUGCCAGGUGCGAAGACAGUUAUUUUUGUUUCUUUGUUUUCCUGCAGCUGUUUCAAUGCAAGUACACGUUUAAGUCCACAGAAGCUUUGUACUGUGGAAUAAUGAAGCAGGAAAUGUGUCCUGGAGGAAGGUAUAGGACUGUUGCUAUGAUAAGCUAUUUCUGCAGUUCUUGUAGCAAUAUUCCAUGCUGCAUGCAAGCUGCUGUAAUGGAUUGUUUAUCAUUUACUAAUGACAAGAAAUGCAGUACAAAAGCACAGAUUUACAGUGAAUGAUAAAAGCCACAACAGCAUAAUGGUGGCAUUGAGUUAGCAGCCCUGCUGACUGAUAUCAUUUAAUUCAUGAUUCUCUUUUUUCCCCAAGGGAACAAAAUACCAGCCUGUGUCGUAUUGCAGUGUGAUAUCAUACAUUUGUUCCUCUUGUUUUUGUCCAUUUAUUGAGAUUCUGCAGAUACAGUACACUUUGUCAUUGAGUAGCAGGCAGGCCAUCUCAGGAUCAUUGAUAAUGUAGCAUAACUGAUAUGAAUGCUGUUUGCAGUGUCCCUUUAUGUGUGUAUUGAAACAGAGAGCAAAGUCUGUUCCCAUUUAUAAACACUACAAUUUUAUAGCAUUUCUGCAGACAUUUUAAGUGUGAUUUCACAAAAUCCUGUUUUACAUUGUGUUAUGGGUCUCAAUGAUUUGUAGUGUAGUGUAAUGGUUUGACUGUGACUUGAUGUACUUAGAUUUUUAAAUGCAGCAUUUGUUUCUGUUUGGCUUUCUUUUGUUACCACUAGCUUCACUGUGAUUGCUGCUGUGUGAGGAGCAGCCUGCUGUAAACCUUUGUUUGAGCCAAGGUGUCUCCUGUAUUCCAGAUGGGAGAUUCCAUCCCCACAGUACCCAGGGACACCGGAGAAGACACUAAGUGAUAAGCUUGUUAAUGCUGUAUUCUUCAAGUAAAACACAAUGCAGAUUAAAGCAUAUGUAGUAUAGUUGCUGUACCAAGUGUUUUAUUCAUUUUUUAAAUGGGUAAGAUCAUAAGAUACCGAUGAUUCUUUUCAGGGCUAGCUCCAAAAUCCCUUUUUGGUUAAUGAAUUGCUCAGUUCCACAGCUUGUAAGAGGAAACCGAGGGAAUCAUAUGCAAACCCAGCUCAUUAUGCUCUUGACUGUAUCAAGAAGUGAAUAUGAGUUCUCUGUUCUUUAUUCCUUAUUUGAAUGUAACAGAGCUAUAACUUUUUAAAAUUAAAUCAGUGAUUUAAUUGUUCUUGACAUGUAAUACUUGGAGGCUGGGGUUGGGAAACCUCUCUGUCAUUAUCAGUAAAAGGUUUGCAUCUUACUGCUGAUACAUACUGACCUGAAUCAGGCAGUGUGAGUUCUUGAUGCUGUAAAAAAUGGACAGAUGUUGCCAGUCUGAGUAUGGCAAUGUGUUUACCUUGAAGUUUAAUAUAAUUUUUGUUUUAUAAAAAAAGUCCAAUGGGUAUUUACCCUUUUUUCAUAAUCUUCAAGUGAGAUGGCCUUUUAAAAUCCCGUUUUAAUUCACAUUAAAGGAUUAUUAUGUAUUGAU